AUGGCAAAGAAGCGAAAGAUCGAUGAUGAAAAAAGCGCCGAAGGUGCGCCAGCCGAGAAGAAGGAGAAGAUAGAGAAAUGGUUGAAGGUGGAUUCUGAAGCGGCGACGACGACGGAGAAGAAGAAAAAGAGACCGUGGAGGAACAAACCAGAAGUCGUGGAGAAGAAGGAUGACGUGGCAGAGGAUUCUGAAGUCGCCGAUAAAAUUGCUGACGCCAAGAAGCGUCUUGACGCCGGACGUUUCUGA